AUGUCAUCAUCCACAUCGUCAUCGUCAUCCACAGCAGGAGGGCUAUCCACCCGCAUCCCCCAAGAACCCUCCGUUAACCCCCUCACAAUCCGUGUUGCACAACCACCUGCACCAUUACCCACAACCUCAACCUCAACCUCAAAGAAUCAGCCCAUUGACGACCGCCGGCUCUACAUUGGAAACCUUGACCCCACCAUCGAUGAGUACACGCUUCUAAAACUCUUCUCGCCCUUCGGAAAGGUGACAAAACUCGAUUUCAUGUUCCACUACAGCGGGCCCAAGAAGGGCACCCCUCGAGGUUACUGCUUCCUCGACUACGAAGCCUCAUCCCAGGCUGCAGUGGCCAUCAAACAGAUGAACCGCCGGUCCCUCAAGAACCGACCCCUCAUCGUCUCCCUCGCCAACAUUGCCCCCCCGAGCACAGACCACCAAGACGGCCGAAAAAGAACCCACGACCCCAACCGCCCGACAGCAUUCUCGAUCCUCAAAUCAGGCGCCCUCAAGAACGCCUCCACAGACGAAAAGAUUAAAGCUAUGGAACGGAAACUCGCCCAAAUGUCUGAAUCCUCUACCAGUGGCACCUCUGCACCUGCUCACCCUUCCUUGCCCUCUCGACCAGCAUCUAAUACAAACGGUGUUGCAGGAUCAGGAGCAGGAUCUUCAUCGUCACGGACGUCAGCACACAGAGGAGCAGGAGCUGGAUCGAAUUCUUCUGCCAGGCAACGCCCUUAUUGA